AUGCCCGUGAGGAUGAGAAUGAGGUGGACGGCGUAUGCCGGGGCGUCUACUGCCCUAGCUGCGGGCGUCAUCCUCAAGGCGCUGGCGCAGCGGCCCAACUUCUACUCCGCAGCUGUUUACCUCUCGCAGUCCUCCGCUAACCUCAUGAUCCUGACGAACCUCCUAUUUGUCAUCGCCUGCACCUUUCUGUUGGGACUCCAGAAACUCCUCUACGGAAAUCUGCGACCGAUCGAGAUUGAACAGUUGUACGAAAAGGCAUGGUUUGCCGUCACUGAGACGUGUUUGGCCAUGACCGUGUUCCGCGGAGAGAUCGGACUCACCUUCCUGGCCAUGUUCUUCUCCCUCCUCACGGGCAAAGUGUGGGGAUGGAUUGGUGAGGGCCGCGUGGAGGUGCUGGAGCAACAGCCACCCCGAAACCCAAGACUAUUCCAUACGCGUUUGGCACUGAGCCUGGGUUUGAGUGUUGCUUUCGACUUGACUAUGCUGGAAUAUGUCGUCAAACAAGUCAUGAGAAUGGCUCGGCCGGACAUGAUGGUCAUGUUUGGCUUCGAGUUCGCCGUGCUGUCGAUUAUGAGCAUCAGUACCGCGAUGAGAUAUGCCAUUGACCUAGUGGAGAUCGGCAUCGUUCGCGAGCAGAAGAGACACCGAGUAGAAGAGAUCAAGCGAGAAAGAAUGCAAGCGGCAGUGACCGAGUUUCAGGAGGCCCAGGGGGGACAAGCUACCAGUGCGCCUAUCCCUGAAGCUCCGGAUGCGACAACGGGCACACCAACACCUACUCAGCGAACCCUUGAACAAGUGUCCCAAGAAGCUUUCAACCAACCUGUCGAUGAAAACGAGGUGGAAGUUGAGGGCUGGGAGGACAAAGGUCGCUACAUGUUCUACCUUAACCUGGCGACGGAUUUCUUCAAACUUGUGAUUUACCUUGCAUUCUUCUUCAUUCUUCUUGUAUUCUACGGACUCCCCAUCCACAUCUUGCGGGAUGUGUUCUUGACGAUGCGAUCGUUUUUGAAACGAAUUUCUGACUUUAUCAAGUACCGGACGGCGACGAGGGAUAUGAAUGCCCGCUAUCCGGAUGCCACGGCGGAAGAUAUUGGACGUGAGGAUGUCUGUAUAAUCUGCAGAGAGGAAAUGCGGCCAUAUGAACCAGCUGUUGCGCAGCCAGGGCAACCACAGCCCCGUCUCAAUCCUGUGGCAGAGAGGAUGCGGCCCAAGAAGCUCCCUUGCGGGCAUGUCCUACACUUUUCUUGCCUGAGAAGUUGGCUUGAGAGACAGCAGAUAUGUCCGACCUGCAGAGCAAAUGUCGUCCGGACAGGUGGAGCUCGAGGUGCAAAUGAAGGUGUCGGACAAGGUGAAGCCGGACAGGGAAAUGGCGGGCAACAUCCACCAGGCGCGAGACAAGGUCCACGUGUGUACCAGUUUGGUCCGCUGAGGAUCGGUGUUGGAGCAGUCCGGGGGAAUAACAUGUUCGAGGAACUUCAACAGCAGCUUGGCGAUGGGGCUGCUCCAGCGCCAGCAGGACAGCCUGCAAACCCGGAUCCCAAUGCACCACGACAGAUUGGAGUGGGAUUGCGAUGGUCAGGGAGAAGACGUCGCCGAGCGGACCAAAACCUGACGACUCAACAACAGCUCGACGCCUUGUCGGUACGCAUUCGGCAAGACACCGAGGAGUUGGCUCGGUCGUCGGUCGAGUUGAGCGUGUUGCGGUCGAUGCAAGCUGAACUCCAGAGAUUACGAAACCUCAGGCCUGGGGAGAGACCACAGACAGAGGCUUCGAAUCCAAUUCCAGGAGAGGCGGCAAACCCACCCCUUCCUCUCUCCCAACGGAUGUCUACACUGGUUCCGGACCAACAGCAAAAUAUUCUACAUGCGGGUAGUGACAGACUUCCCGCCGGUUUGACGCUGCCAGAAGGCUGGAUGAUGCUGCCUUUACGGCCCACGCGACUCUUUCCCCAGCACCACCCUCAAGAGCAUAACCCUGAUAUUCAAGCGAAUCCAGGUCAGCCAUGGCCACAAGCGAACGGAAUGCCAGUUUCUUUCGGUAUAUUUCCACAUCCCCCACAAUUCCCACAGGCCCAUAAUUCGACUUCUCUCAACGCAGCAAGCAGUGGGCAAACCGGAACUCCUCAGACAAACCGGGUUCAAUCUCCAGCGCCUGGGCCUCCGGGUCAACAAGCAGCAACCCAGUCCACCACUGAGCAUCUAAAUGAGAUUCAGAUUCCAGCAGCUUAUCGGGGCCCCUUUCCCCCUUCCGAACAAAUACACCAGCCUCGUCAACAGCGAGCUUCGGCAACUAUCAGGCAGAUCCUUCAGGAAGAACUCGCCCAAAUGAGAGCGAGUCUGGCGGCCUCUGGUGCAAAUGGCACCAUGUCUCAGCCGUCAGAUACAUCUGGAACAAAUACAACAGUGGCAGUGAACGGGGAUCAAGAUGUGCGACAAGCCGGUCAUCCUUCCGCUCAGUUCCAGACCGCUUCUUCCCUACCUUCUUGGGGAUCCACGGCUCCCGAGCCUACGAACAAUGCCGCAAGCGGCGACAAUGUCAGUGCUGGACCUUCGGGCCUACAAGUGAACGGCAGUCACAAUCACGUGGCAGGGAACAUGACAGCAGAAGGAUCGUCUUCGACCGCUUCGCAAUCCAAGGGUAGUUGUGCAACAGUGGAAGACGCGAUGGAGGACCCUGAUCCGGAUUGA